UCUCUCCCCGGCGGCGGUGGCGGCGGUGGCGGCAGUGGCGGCGGCGGCUUCUCCCCCGGUGCAAUAUGUUCAAGAGAAUGGCCGAAUUUGGGCCUGACUCCGGCGGGAGAGUGAAGGGGGUUACUAUUGUUAAACCUAUAGUUUAUGGUAAUGUUGCUCGUUAUUUUGGAAAGAAGAGAGAAGAAGAUGGUCAUACUCAUCAGUGGACAGUCUAUGUAAAGCCAUAUAGGAAUGAGGAUAUACCUGUAACACUUUAUCACUUAUUAAAGCUAUUUCAGUCAGACACCAAUGCAAUGCUGGGGAAAAAGACAGUGGUUUCUGAGUUCUAUGAUGAAAUGAUAUUUCAAGAUCCAACAGCAAUGAUGCAACAAUUGUUAACAACAUCUCGCCAGUUAACCUUAGGAGCCUAUAAGCAUGAAACAGAAUUUGCUGAACUUGAAGUGAAGACCAGGGAAAAAUUAGAAGCUGCCAAGAAAAAAACAAGCUUCGAAAUUGCUGAACUUAAAGAAAGAUUAAAAGCAAGUCGUGAAACUAUCAAUUGUUUAAAAAAUGAAAUCAGGAAGCUCGAAGAAGAUGAUCAGAGCAAAGAAAUAUAAAAAAAUCUCACAAGGACUUAGUAGGGAAGCAACCAAAAAUAAAGUGGAUUUUGUGAAACGGAAUAAAUACUAUUAUGUUUCUUAAAGGAACUCUAGGCAUAAUUGUCUGAGGGCUUCUUAGCAAAGACUCCAAGGAUUUGUACCUCUUAGACAAUUUGAAUGUAAAAAAUCUGCAUAUAUAAUUAUAAGAUGCACUGUAUAGGCAUUUUGCUAAUCCACUGAGGGCAUUCUAUGACUUCAAGCACAACCUCUAGUUUUUUGUUGUUGUUUUUUUAAUUGCAUUGUGUAUAAAGCUUGGUAACUUUUGUGAGAAAUUUUCACUCUAAGGUAUAGCUUUUGCACAAAUUUUAUAUAUUUCAGAAAGUGGAAUUAGUUUUUAAAAAAUGGACUUGCCCAUUUAACUGCUUCGAGUAGGCUCAAGCCUAUUUUGUACAUGCUACGGAGAGAGAGGUUGCCCAGAGCAAUGAA